AUGUUCAACCCACAGACUGUAUCAUGGGCACAGCUAUAUAUGACGCAGGAGUAUAUAGGACUCGCUGCAGCUUUCAUAAUUGUGUACGACUAUGUCUUAAACAUAACGCUUGAGCUUCGAUAUCUAGGUCUAGCUUACUCAGGAGUAAGAAUGACACAGUCCAUCUUGGACGAACCGGUGUCGGGGCUGUGCGCUAAUUUUACUGGAGGCUACCUGUUGGCAUUAUUCCACGAGAUACUCCUUCUUGUCCUGACUGCUGUUCUACAAGGUUUCUCCCUAAGCUCUUCUGCUCGUAGAGAUCUGACAGAAUUUACAGGGAUGAUGACGAUACGCGCAUAUGUACUCCUCGAGAGACCGAAAUCAUUCCUCCUCUGCUCCUUCAUCCUAUUUAUCCUUGUUCAAGGUGCAUGCAUUGUUGCAAACAUGGUCUUGUAUAAAAAUGAGCUUGGAUCAUCGAGUCGCACCGAGAUUGCCGGCUUGAACCUUUGUAACGUUGGAGCACCUUCGCUGCUUUACUGGGUCACACCAAUGAGUAACUCUCUUUGGAUUGCCUAUGAGAUACUGCUUUGUGGUGCUGUUCUGCGCUAUGCGUUCCAAGAACUUCCUGCAUCUUGGUGGAAACGCCCAUUUCGCUCAGCAAGUACCCUCAGGGCUGUGAUAACUCGAGAUAACUUGGUAUACUUUUUCAUACUGACAUACGAGCUCAGCGUCACUAUCUCAAUGCUCGUAUCCACACUUGGUGCUACCGGUGUCACCGCCAAUACACCGAUAGUUAGCAACGCAUCUCCAUUCCUGUCAGCAAUUCAGGUGGCCAUGGUAGGACCGUGGCUGAUCAUCAGCCUCCGAAAGCGAUACGACAAAGACACGAACGCAGAAAUAGCUGACUCGUACGAGAUGACCACCAUGGAAUUCUCAAGUACAGAAUAUCAAGGGUCUGGGGGCGGAACACGCUCAUCUCUCACUGCUGGGUCAUUUUAG